AUGCCUAAGACCUGCGUGAAAUCAAGCCAUUCAAAUGCAAUCAUUCAUAGGGAAGGGGCUCAGGAAUUCCCACCUCCAGCAGAAGUGCCAUGGACAAUUGAUGGUUGGGUCAUAAAAUUAGAAAAGGAAACCAUGAGAGGGGAGAAAGUGGUUUUGAGAAAGGGUGGGGUUAAUAAACCACGUAGGACCAUCAAAGCCAAAGGGAAGCUAAGGGGAAGAAUGGUGAUGGGAGACACAGGGAAGGAGGAAGAGAUCAAUAAAACACACUUCUGUGAUUCAAAAUGUUACAAUGAAGCUAAAUCUUGGUGUUCGCCGCAGAAAGACAAGAAACCUAAGAAGUCAACCUGGAGGUUCCAUUUGGACCUCACUCAUCCGGUGGAAGAUGGGAUUUUUGAUUCUGGGAACUUCGAACAGUUUCUCCGGGAGAAGGUUAAAGUCAAUGGGAAAACUGGAAAUCUUGGAAAUGUUGUUCACAUUGAACGCUUGAAGAAUAAAAUCACAGUUGUUUCUGAGAAACAGUUCUCUAAAAGGUAUUUGAAAUAUCUUACCAAGAAAUACCUUAAGAAGAAUAAUCUCCGUGAUUGGCUUCGUGUGGUUGCAUCUGACAAGGAGACCUACGAACUUCGCUAUUUCCAGAUUAGUCAGGAUGAAGAUGGCUCAGAGUCUGAAGAUUAGUUGGCCUUUGUAUGCUUUAAAGAAAAACUAAAAUUGGACUUUUUUCGGCAAAUAAAAACCAUUGCACUCUUA